GGGAGGGACUUGGCGAGUUCUCCCCCAAACAGUCACGACGAUGAUGAUGACGAUGAUAUCGUCAACCUCAUCGAUUGAUCACUCUCUUGACAUCCACACUCCAAGUCCUAUACCCAAAACCCUACACCUUAUUCAACCAUGUCCCUCUCGAGCAAGCUCACCAUCACCGACGUCUCCCUCAAGGGCGAAAAGGUCCUCAUCCGGGUCGAUUUCAACGUUCCUCAGGACAAGAAGACCAACGAGAUCACUAACCCUGCUCGAAUCGUCGCUGCGUUGCCUACCAUCAAGUAUGCUAUCGAGCAAGGCGCCGCCUCGAUCGUCCUGAUGUCCCACCUGGGCCGACCGGACGGUCACAAGGUCGAAAAGUACAGCUUGAAGCCUGUCGCCGACAAGCUCUCCGAACUCCUCUCCAAGCCGGUGACCUUCCUGCCGGACUGCGUAGGCAAAGAGACCGAGGAGGCCGUCAAGAACAGUAAAGAUGGAGAGAUCUUUUUGCUCGAGAAUCUGAGGUUCCAUGCCGAGGAGGAGGGGUCUAGCAAGGAUAGUGAGGGGAAGAAGGUUAAGGCCGACAAAUCCGCCGUCGAAGCGUUCCGCAAAUCCCUCACUUCCCUAGGAUCGAUCUACAUCAACGACGCCUUUGGGACCGCCCACCGAGCGCACUCGUCCAUGGUCGGCGUCCAGCUGCCUAAACGUGCCGCAGGGUUCUUGAUGAAGAAGGAGUUGGAGUUCUUCGCCAAGGCGCUAGAGAGCCCGGAGAGGCCGUUUUUGGCCAUCUUGGGUGGGGCCAAGGUUCAGGAUAAGAUCCAGUUGAUCGAUCACAUGUUGGAUCAGGUCAACUCGCUCAUCAUCUGCGGAGGAAUGGCCUUUACCUUCAAGAAGAUCGUCGACGGCGUCGAGAUCGGCAAAUCGCUCUUUGACGAGGCCGGCGCUGAAAAGGUCAAGGACUUGGUCGCCAAGGCUAAGAAGAACAAUGUCGAGCUCGUCUUCCCCGUUGACUACGUCACCGCCAAGGACUUUUCCAACGACACCGAGCGUGGUACCGCUACCGACGCCGAGGGUAUCAAGGCCGACUGGCAAGGGCUCGACUGUGGUGAACAGUCCAACAAGCUCUUCAGGGAGACCGUCUUGAAGUCCAAGACCAUCCUCUGGAACGGACCCGCUGGUGUCUUCGAGUUCUCCAACUUUGCUGGAGGUUCGCUCGCCCUCUUGGACGCUGCCGUCGAGGCCCAGAAGAACGGAUCGACCGUCAUCGUCGGAGGAGGUGACACCGCCACCUUGGUCGCCCAGCAAAACGCCGAAGACAAGCUCGCUCACGUCUCCACUGGAGGUGGUGCCAGUUUGGAGCUCCUCGAGGGAAAGAACUUGCCCGGUGUCGCCGAGCUCUCGGAGAAGAGCGCUUGAGCGGAUCCGUCGUCCAGGCCGAGAUUGCGCUUUGUCGAACAGGUUGCGAGGAGGUUCUCACGGGAGUGUGGUAGACGAUUGCGUGAAAAGAAAAAACCAAUAGAUUAGUUUUGCAGGAUUGUUGACCGUCACUUGUCAGAUGUCAGAUGUCGUAUGUGAUAUGUCAAGGUCCACGGAA